AUGCUACUUGUGGUUAUGAAUUUGUACGUUUCUGGCAAUAAUUUUCGAUUUCAAGCUUAUUUUAUGCAGAAUAUUGUUCAUUUGGAAAUGAUAUUUGGUGUUACAUAUACCGAUGAAAGACUGAUUAUACCUCGGUUGAAAGAUCGCUUUUGUAUGCCAGUAGAAUAUCGGCCAUGGCUUCCUGAACUUACCACUCGACCAACUUUCUCUUUCAGAAGUGUUAUAUACUUGGAUCCAAUUAGUGGCAUUAUAGAUGUCUUGUACAAGUAUGCGCAAGAUCUUGAUUGUUCACCUGAAACGUGGCGACAUCCUUUUGAUUUAUUUCGCUGUGAAAUUGUUAUAUCGAAUGUUGGAGAUGAACGUAUUUUUCUACGAAAUGUCCAAGACUUACGUAACACAGAGACAAUGUUCCAAGUUUCUGUUAAUAUCGAGACAUCAGAUGAAAUAAAAGUUAUUGUAAGCUAUCUCGAACUAUGGUUCUCUUCUAUGGUUACCAACAUAUUACCUUCAAUGAUCAUUUUCUGCGUUGUUAUUUUUGCUCAGUGGAGGCGACGUAAAAUUCAUAUGUUCAUCACUGUACUUGCUCUUACAUGCAUAAUUUUGCUGCAGCAAUCAGCUAAUCGAAAAGAAAGUAUACUAACACUGGAAGAUUUAUGGCUUUCUGUUACGUUUUUGCAUGUAGUCUGUGUACUACUGGUCGACUUAAUGGUACCAUCACACCGUAUUCAAUAUGUUGAUAUCAACAGUGGUCAAUACACUCGGUUCAUACUGGCAGAUGUCGAUGUGGUAAAACGAUUUCCACCUCAGAAACAACCAGCAACAUUCGGAAAGAACAGCCAUGUGGUGCAGCAAAGAAUAAUUACCACAUCUUUAGGACACAGAAAACGAAUCUCAUUGGCAACGAUUACAUGCUGUUAUUUCAUCUUCGCUUUUGCUUAUUUUACUUUUGUCAUACAUCUCAUUCUUAAGCAUAAGAACUUCUUUUGGUAACA